UGAAAGACAUUGAAGGUAUUAUAAAUAACUGUUUUCAAAUGAGUAUAAUCAGUAUAUUAUCGAUAUCAAUAGAGUUUACAUGGCAAAAAUGAAUUCAUCUGAUGAAUUAAAAUCGCAAAUUUCUGAAAUUAUUGAACAAGUUAAAUCGCAAAUUUUAAAAGUUAUUGAAAAUUUUACAUCUGAAAGCCUCAAAGAAUCGGAUAAUAAACAACUGCUAAUAAAAAGUGAAAUUCGUAAUCUUUUAAUUGAGAUACUAAAUAAUUUUUCGGAAGACGAAAUAAUAACAAAUACCAUAGACAGUGAAACGGAAUUGAAAUUAGAAAAUUAUGAGGAACAUCAUAAUCAAACAAAUAUUCUAAACAAAGGAAACAAUAUAGCUGAUGAUAUUGAAGGUUUGCUGAAUAAAUCAGUAGAAACAUGUAGGAAUGUAGAUGUUGAUGUCAAUACAACUUCUAUCAUUGAAUCAACUUUAGAUUUACCAGAUGGGCUAAAUUCUAAAAAUACUACAACACCAAUUAGUCCUGCUGUUUUGCUUAAUGACAUCGGAAGGACCGAUACAUUUGAAAUAAAAAGUCCAAACAAUGAUAGUUAUGUAAUUCCUUCCACUAUUGAGUCAAAUGAAAAUUUUCCCAAUUCAAAAAUAAUUCAGAAAUUUAUGAAGAAACUUGAUAAUCACCAAAAUAAGCUUUCAACUAUGUGCACAGAAUUCAUGGACAUGAAAAUGCAAUUCCAAAAAGACGUAAAUCAAAAUUGUUUGUCAGAAAAAAGUAAAAUUAAAUCACCGUCACUGACAAUAACGCCCUUAAAAAGAAAUUCAACGCUUAACAUUACUCCAAAAUUGGGGACAUCGUCAAGAAGAAGUAUUUCAUUUUCAUCAGUAUCAGUGAGAAAAUCAAGUAAUUUAACAGCGAAUACAACAAUUCUUGCAGCAAGAGAAAAAAUACGUAAGGGAUAUGAAAUGAAGAAAGAUGAUAAGAAUACAAAUUCAAUUCCAAAAAAUCCUAAAUACGCCAAUGUGCAGAGUACAAUUCCAAAACCAACGCCUAAGCGAAAAUAAAUUUCUAAGGAGAAAUUUCUAAUUUCAAUAUGAUUUGCGAUAAUAAUUUUGAAGCUCUAAAAAAAUUAAUUUCAAAAAAAAAUAUUAAGAUCACCUCUAAUAAUAAUUUGUUUAAAUAAUUCGAUAAUGCAAAUUUUUUUAAAAAAAUGAAAAAAAUUAAUAUUUUAAGAUAUUUUUAUGAUUCCUGUGAUAUUUAUUUAAUUUUUAAUAUUUAUUUUCUGUAGUGAUUUUUUGUUAAUUAAUAUAAUAAUUAUUUAAUACAAAUCAAUUGUUUUCAAUGAUUGUUAAAAAUUUUAUUUUCCACUAUUUAUUAUUAAUAUUAUUCUAUAUUUUUUUCAACGAUUUUUAAAUUUUUAUUUUACAACUAUCACUAUUAUUAUAUAUUUGUAUACUCUUGUGUAAUAAAUGAAUUUUUUAAAAUAA